CUACAGCUACUACUAGUAGUACUGCCCUGGUGGUUGUGGAGAAGGAGCUUUGGGAAGAGUCACGUCAGCCCAAUUUGUCAUCCGGGGAAACUUCAAUUGGUCGCUCCCGUCCUCAUCAAGCUCACUGUCGACACCAUGCCCACGCCCACUCAUCCUUUCCGAAAUACAGAAAGCCUUCUUGUCGUCAUUCCGGACGAUAGAAUCGAUGUCGAAGCAGAAGCACAAUUGUACGACGAGUUGUGUGACGAUCAAAUAUCCAUUCGCCCAUCCACCCGGCCCAAAUCUCCCCAGGAACCACCCUCUAUUUUCUCUCGCGACAUCUGGCUGAACGACAACUCUGGCACGAGUCUUGCUUUUGCCCGAAACGUACAUAUUGCGGGGUGGACGAGCGUGGGUGAUAAGCUGGGUGGGGCUUAUGUUGUGUAUGAUUGUGUGAUUCGCACAAAAGAGGAUACUACUAUCCACGCACAUAAGCGGUAUAGUGAUUUCGUACUGUUGUGCGAUGCUUUGAAACAUUCAUUACCUAAACAUCAACACCAUUUCAUCCCAGCCCUUCCCCCGAAAUAUCCCCUCUCGCGCUACCGAGCAGCUUUCCUUGAUCGUCGCCGGAGACAACUACAGUACUGGCUCUCUGCGGUUCUCCUACACCCCGAGAUUGGUGCAUGCCAGGCUGUAAGAUGGUGGGUUAUGGAUUAGGCAUCCAUUACGCAUAGUAGCACGCGGAGUGCCACACUGCCAAGUAUGAGCUGUGACGGUGUGGAUAAUGA